GUAUUUGUUGCAUGCAUGUAAUUGCAUGUGUAUCUUUGUUGCAAGCGCUUAUCGUGAUUUCCCUCCAUGCAUAUUUAUUUUUUCUCUUUGCAUCUGCAGGGGCGCAUGGAAUAUCUCGUAAAAUGGAAGGGCUGGUCUCAGAAGUACAGCACUUGGGAGCCCGAGGAAAACAUUCUGGAUGCCCGGCUGCUUGCAGCCUUUGAGGAAAGCUUUGGUUUUUUUAACACCUCUAGGGAGCGAGAAAUGGAGCUAUACGGGCCUAAAAAGCGAGGCCCCAAGCCCAAAACCUUCCUGUUAAAGGCCCAGGCAAAAGCGAAAGCCAAAACCUACGAGUUCCGCAGUGACUCUUCCAGGGGGAUCCGGGUGCCGUAUCCCGGCCGGUCCCCACAGGACCUGGGCUCCACGUCCCGGGCUAGGGAAGGACUCAGAAACAUAGCCCUGGCUCCGCAGGGCAGCAGCAGCAGCAGCACCCCCAAGGGAGAUGGCAUCCGGGACCGCGUUAUCAGGGUGGAAGAGAAACCCGGGGAAACCCCCAAAAAGAGAGGCCCGAAGCCUAGGAAAGAGCUUUACAAGGACCUGGCGGAGUCUCUGGAUGCCUCCAAGAGGAAACUGGGGGAGCCGGGGGACAAGGUGGGGGACUACCUCAAGGCCAGGAAGAUGGAGGAGGCGGCGGCGGGGGCGGCCAAGUUCAGCUCGGGACACAGCGUCAUCCAGCUCGCCCGGCGGCCGGACCCCGACCUCUCCGGGGCCAUGUCCAGCCCCAACCGCGUCGAGGUGGGUAUGAAGCUGGGGGCCGCUGAGAGCUACGUGCCCCGGGUCGCCAAGCACCGGGCGGACUUUCUGGACCCCAAGGGGCAAGGAGGGCUGGACCCCGGCGGGCCCAAGAUCCUGCACAGCGCCGUGAGCCCCGGCUCCGUGGGCAGCCUGUACCGUGACGGCGUGAGCGGCCAGGCGGGGCGGCCCUCCCUCAUCGCCAGGAUCCCCGUCUCCAGGAUCCUGGGGGACCCCGAGGAGGAGUCCUGGAGCCCGUCCCUCAACAACCUGGAGAAAGUGGUGGUAACUGACGUGACCUCUAACUUUUUGACCGUCACAAUUAAGGAGAGCAGCACGGACCAAGGAUUCUUUAAGGAGAAGCGAUGAGUUUCUGUCAGUGGUGGUGCUGGGGAUUUUCUUCGGUCUAGAUCCAGACAAAAGCUUGGUUAGAGCUUGGUGGGCUUUUUUUUUAAUUUUUCUUUAUUUUUUUAUUUUUUUUUUAAUUUCCUGGAGAGGAUUUAGAAACUGUCCUAAAUUCAUUAACUCAUUCUUUUUUUUUUUUUUUCACGUCUUGCAUUUUGUUGGAAAAAUUAUCUCUAGAGUUAUAUUUUCUAUUAGAUGUAAAUAUGUUAUUUAAGAAAAAAUGCUUAUAUAUAUCUAUAUAUAUAUAUUUCAACUCUGAGUUGUUUUAUUUAAAUGGAGACAACAGUGACUGCUCAGUUGCUCUUAGAAAGGACAAUAAAACUGAGAACUGACGGAGUUCAUGCAUCUGUUGCAGGAGCCGGUGUACAUAAUGAGUGAUGUUCAUAGCUAAUUAUGUUCUGGGUUUUUUUAACUAUUAUUUUUCAUAUGAUGCUAUGGAUGGUGAAGGGGGAAGUGUUACUCCCUCGGAGGGCAAAGUGCCCAGAUUUCUUGAUUGUGAUAUAAGGUGUUGCUUGUACAAUCAAGUGUGCUGUAUCCAGAACUGUUGCCCUUGACAGUUGAAGUAAGCACUUGAAUUUACAGUAUUGUUGGGGAGGGGGCGUUGCCAGUUUUUUUUUCUUUUUUUUUUUUUUUUAAAGUUGCUACAAAAUUGGGGCGGGGAAAAGCAGAAGCCCAUAAAAAGGUUAAAACUGUUCUAGUGGAGUAUUAACUUGAAUUACCUUUUCUUGCGAAGGAAGAGGAGGUUUGUGUGUGUAAGAUUCCUGAAAGGGGUGAUACUGAAAUGCACUUUAAUAGAAUUGUCAUAGCAGUUGUGGGAGACAGAACUGAGCUGAGAAUCUGUUUUCAUUUUGUCUGGUCGCUUGAUUCUUUUCCCCCACCCACUUCAAAAAAAACAACAACUCUGUUUACAUUCCUGAAAUGCCAGAGAGGUUUGGGAGGGUAGCAUGUCACUGCCCAUAUUUAGAUGCUUUAUACUGCUAUAGAAAGUGGAUUUUUUUUUUCCAAACACAGUUCACUUUAGACUGUUGGAAGACUCCAGAUAAAGCGUUUUCUAAUAUCCACAUCUCUGACAAAUCCCAGAGCCACCUUUAUGCAUUCAGAGACAAUAAAUAUUUCCCUUUUCUUAUGCUAGUUAAACAAUAGCCAAGAGGCUAAAUAUUCCUGUGCGCAGAGCAGCGCCUGCUGACUCUGGUGGCUUUUUGUAUUUUUAUUUGCCUGCAUAUUUCUUCUGGCUCUGAAGGACUGUGCAGCUUUCUCCCAGGGCUCAGGCAGGGCAUAGCAGCGGGAUUUAAUGGCUCUGAACAAAAUGCUGCAGCUUCCCACCGCCAGCGUUGACCAGAAACCCUCGGCUGCCUUGCAGAAAGCCCGUGGCAGCGUCUCGCAGGAGGUGCGGGAUGCUGCAGCCCUCUGCCCGCCCGCUCCUUCGCUCGCUCUUUCUCUCUAAACUCCAUUGCAGCUUAACCAAGGUGAGGAGAGGUCGGGGUCUUUUAGCCCUCCCUAGAAAGGAGGAGAAGCGUUUCGUUGUGUUUUUAGUUGAUGUAGAGCAGGUGUCCUCACGUCCUAACGCAUUGAUUUGAGCAUCUCUGUCGGUUCAAAAGCACAAAUCUGUCCAGCAGCCCCCGAGGGCCAGGGCUGGGAGAGAUUGGCCUUUUCCAUCCGUUCUGAUUGGCCCGGUGAAGCUCUUAAACGCUUUCUAAUUUGGGGACUGCACAUAAGAUGAAAGCACAUGGGGCCUGACGGGGGGAGGAAGGGGCUCGGGCGAGGAGCAGCCUUCGCCUCUGGUAGGCCCAUCUGGAUAACUGCGGCUCCACCUUGCUCAGCCCCUUUCCCCUUCCAUCUUUUGGGACCUUUGCCUUUGUCAGAUGACCUAGCAAGAGGAUGCUGUAUUGACUGUACAAAGGGAGCCAUUUCUGUGAUUUAUUUUUUGUUGUUUUCAUUCUUUUUGUUGUUGUUGUACGGCAUAUUUUGUAAAAUUGAGAUUUUUAACUUGGUUUGUACGAGGAGCUGAGGCAAGCAGCGUGCUGGUUUCCGUGCUAGUGCUUGGGCAGCUGACCCGGGAGGUGUUGUCAGAUGGACGAUGGGGGGAUGUAGCUGCCCUUCCUCCACCUGCCGGGAUGCUGAAGGCAGAAAACCACCUCCCUUUGCGGAGCAGCCCAGAGCAGAGCUCCUGCCUUGCUCUGCUGCCGGGGCAUGGCGGAGGCUCGGUGUGCUUCACUCCAGCCCUGUGUACCUAUAUAUGUGUGCGGCCAUCACACACGUAUAUAAAGCAAGACAUACAUGUGGGUGUAUAUGUGUGUAUGUAUAUAGCGACGUAUAUACCGAGUGUGUGCGUGGGGGUGUGUGUGUGUGUGUGAAUUAUUUAAAUCUAAGACUUGUAUAAAAAAGAUUUGGCUAAAUCUCAGUCUCAGAAGUGAAGCUUAACUACGUGUCUUCUGCCAGCCGUGAAUGUCCAUAUGAGACCUGCUUUUUAUGUGAGUUUAAAUAUAUACUUUGUAAAUAGAAA